AUGGGGCUGGCCCCACUGCAGCAGACUCCGCAACGCACAUACCUCCAACCCCAGUCUGGCAUUCUGGGCACGUACAGCCCUGCCCCUAGCCAGCUCUCUGGUGGCAUGCUUGCUUUGGAUCUGAAGGUGUGCCCCAAGUCACUGCAGCAACGGGGGACUGAACAGGCCCACUGGGGACAAGAUUCUCGGACCAUUGCACAAUCUCCCUACUUCAUGAACCAAAUGUCCCUGUCGAGGCAGAUCCCCAACAGGGUAGCAGAGGUGGCUACCUGCUCAUUGGCUAUUGGUCUCAUAGCUCGGUACAACCGCACCAACUACUUCUACUCCACAUUCUCGGAGAACUUGGAGCACAGCCAUCUGCUCGUGUCCCCUGUGCUGGUAGCAAGUGCAGUCAUCGGGGUGGUGGUCACUCUCUCCUGCAUCACCAUCGUCAUCGGCAGCCUCCGAAGGGACAGGCAGGCCCGGGUCCAGCAGCACCGCCAUCGCCACCGGCGACACCACCACCAUCACCACCACCACCGGUGGCAUCCACACCGAGAGUUGGAGCACAGUUUCGUGUCCCAGGGGCACACAUACAGCCGCUCGAACCACAGAAUGCACUACGCCUGCAGCCCUAACGAGGACUGGCCCCCACCCUUGGAGCUCAGCUCAGACGGGGAUGUGGAUGCCACGGUGCUCCGAGACCUGUAUCCAGAUUCUCCUCCUGGCUAUGAGGAAUGUGUGGGGCCAGGGGCCACUCAGCUGUACGUCCCUACGGAUGCACCACCGCCCUACUCGCUGACCAACUCCUGCCCCGCACUGGAUGGCCUCGUGGACACAGGCAGUGGACACAGCCCCGGCCAACAGCAGCAAGCACAGCAGAUUCAGAACCACAGUGGCCUCUUCACCAUCUCCAUGGACACCCUGCCACCUUACGAGGCUGUGUGUGGAGCUGGCCCCCCGUUGGGCCUGCUACCACUGCCAGGACCUGGGCCAGGGCCCAAGGGCUCUCAGGGCUCAUCCAUUCCAAGCGGGGCCUCAGCCUCAGGCCCAGAGAGGACUGUGUGA